AUGGCGCCCUCCUAUGCUGGCAUGUCCGGCAGGCCGCUGUCCCUGACAGUGUCCACGAUUGCCACCAUGGGUUUCCUGCUCUUCGGCUACGACCAGGGUGUGAUGUCGGGCAUCAUUUCCGCCAAGGCCUUUGACGACGUCUUUACGGCCACCAAGGGCAAUAACACCAUGCAAGCCCUCAUUACGGCCGUGUACGAGCUGGGCUGUCUAUUCGGUGCGGUCUGGGCUCUGUUUACUGGGGACCGGAUGGGUCGUCGCUGGAUGGUCAUUUGGGGCGCGGCGAUUAUGAUCAUCGGGGUCAUUAUCCAAGUGACCUCGUUCGCCGACCAUAUCCCCCUGUUGCAGUUCAUGUUCGGCCGUGUCAUCACCGGUAUUGGAAACGGCAUGAACACCUCCACGAUCCCCACCUACCAGGCGGAGUGCUCCCGCACUAGCAACCGUGGCCUGCUGAUCUGUAUUGAGGGCGGCGUCAUCGCCAUUGGAACUGCGAUCGCCUACUGGAUUGAUUUCGGGGCCUCGUAUGGUCCUCCCGACCUCGUCUGGCGGUUCCCCAUCGCCUUCCAGAUCGUCUUCGGAGUCAUCAUCAUCGUGGGCAUGUACUUCCUCCCCGAUUCGCCUCGUUACCUGAUCUCCAAGGGCAAGGUGCACGAGGGGGAGUAUGUGCUCGCGGCGCUGGCUGGGAAAGAAAUCGACGACCACGAGACCCAGAUCCAGAAGCAACUUGUCAUUGAGUCCAUUGAAGCUGCGGGUGUCGCCGAGGGCUCCGGCUACUCCGACCUGCUUACCGGCGGCAAGACUCAGCACUUCCGCCGCAUGCUCAUCGGCUCGUCCUCGCAGAUCGCUCAGCAGCUGUCCGGCUGCAACGCCGUGAUCUACUACCUCCCCGUGCUGCUCAAGCAGUCCCUCGGCCAGGACGACUUCAUGUCCAUGCUGAUCGGCGGUGUCAACAUGAUCGUCUACGCCAUCUUCGCCACCUUCUCCUGGUUCUUCAUCGAGAAGAUCGGCCGCCGCAAGCUGUUCAUCGGCGGGAUGACGGGCCAAAUGGUUUCCAUGAUCAUUGUCUUCGCCUGCCUGAUCCCCGGCUCCCCCGGUCCCGCCAAGGGCGCCGUGUUCGGUCUCUUCCUGUACAUGGCGUUCUUCGGCGCGGCCAUGCUGCCUCUGCCCUGGCUGUACCCGGCUGAGCUGUCGCCUAUCCGCACACGCGCCAAGGCGAACGCCGUCUCCACCUGCUCGAACUGGCUGUUCAACUUCACCGUUGUCAUGAUCACCCCUGUGAUGGUCGCCCAUAUCCACUGGGGGACGUACCUGUUCUUCGCGGUGAUGAAUGCCAUCUUCAUCCCGCCGAUGUACUUCUUCUACCCCGAGACCGCCGGCCGUUCCCUCGAGGAAAUCGACCUGAUCUUCGCCAAGGCCUACUGCGAGAAGAUGAGCUAUGUCAAGGCCUCUUAUGAGCUGCCCAAACUCAGCGACGACGAGAUCGAGCAGAAGGCGGCCGAGUAUGGCUUUUGUGACGCGAGGCCCACCGACCCUGAGAAGGGCGCUGCGUCCCCUUCCUCCGAGGACGAGCAGCGUGAGCACGGCAUUUAA